AUGGCCGUCCAAGCGGUCCAUGAUCCUGAGACAAUCGUCGUUGUACGAUUAAACUUGCUCUUCAUACCACCCCAUUCGGAGUACGAGGGCAAGGCGUUGACCGAGAUGAGGGCGGCUUCCACACCGAACUGUUGCGAUACGGCACCAGCUACAACAAAAUCACGACUGUUCCUCCGAAGCUGUCACUCGGAGAGAAGAAGACGUAUAUUCUCUAGUACCGGAAGCUCCAGCUCCCUCAAAGGCGACACCAAGUGGUAUUCCUGGCGGCGUAGUACAAUACCAACAUCGAAAACUCACACCUCGUUUGGAUAUGUCUUACUGUCAUCGGACACGACGCCAUUUUUACGGAAGACGCCAGCUUGA